AUGACACUCGAUGAUAAAUCCUGGGCGAGUCUUCAUCUUCUGCGAAAGACACCACUCCCUUAUUUUACAAAUGGCGGAAACCCCAUUAGCCAAGAUCUUGGUGCUUCCAAAACCACCCGGCCGUCUGUCAGGUGCCAGACAACCGUCUACUCCGCUAAAGCUUUAUCAACUGUGAAAGCAUCUCUAUCCUUAACAACGCAGAAGCAGUCCGGUGGCCUGACGGGCAGAGAUUCGCUGAAGACACCCGACCUGGCGAGGUACAUGGAUCUUCCACCGCUGCCAGUAUUGGGAACCCCUCGAAGAGGCGGCACUCUGUAA